GUAAACAAAGUCAGCGAAGUUACGCUGUCGAAAUACAAGCCGUGCGUCCGUAUGCGUCUGUAUUAAAGUGCAUCGCUAUCACAAUCUUAAAUUCUUAACGAUGCCGGUGGAAACAAUUGACAUAGCAGAUUCUCCCAGUUCCUUAACAGACCCUGUUGUGACUGAAGAACAAAUACAUCUCCGACCUAUUCAUUUUGAAUUAAAUGUCGUGUCCCGCUCAGAUGGUUCGGCAAUCUUGACACAAGGAAAUACAGCUGUAAUGGCCGGUGUAUUUGGACCUGCAGAAGUCAAGCUAUCGAAGAUUUUAAUUGACCGAGCAAACGUGGAAGCCAUUUAUCGUCCGAAAACAGGUCUUCCGACUGUUGCAGAUAGAACAAGAGAAGCACUGAUUAAGAAUACAUGUGAAGCAGCAAUUAUUUCUUCCCAGUAUCCCAGAACAAAUAUAUCUGUCAUAGUACAGGAAAUGCAAGAUAGUGGAGGAUUUCUUGCAUGUUCCAUAAAUGCUUCAUGUCUGGCUCUUAUGAACAGUGGAAUUGCAAUGAGAUUUUUAGUAGCAGCAGUGAAUUGUAUGAUAGAUAAAAGAGAUGAGAUAAUAUUAGAUCCAUCAGAUUUACAAACAAAGGACAGUAAAGCAUCGUUAACAUUCGUGUUUGAGAGUCAGAAGAAAUCUGUUGUUGCUUCUCACACAGAAGGACAUUUCAGUCAGCUGCAAUUUCAAGAAUGCCUUCUCAGAUGCCGUCAUGCAAGUGAUGUGUUAUUUAAACUCUACCGUGAAAUUGUGAAGAAAUAUACGAGUAUGAUUUGCUAAAUUAAUGAGAUUGCAUUUAGUAUUAAUGAAUUGUCAUGUAAAUAUUUUACUUAAUUUGAAUGAAAACUACAAUCUGAACAA